AUGGAGGAGCCUUAUCCACCGUGCAACAUGCAUGAACAACACAACAACACCAAUACACGACCACGAUCAGAAUCCUGGGGCAAUUAUCAUGAUGACACCAGCUCUCGUUCCAGAUUCUUGGCCAAACUUAAACAGCGUCAACAGGACGAUAUGACCGAAUCACCCUCAGCUAUGACAUUGACCCCUUCACCAUCGGAUGGGUGCAACAUCUCCAAGCAACGCAAAAGACCUCCACUUCCCAUGGAAAUGAUGCAACCAGAACCAUUCACACCUCAUCAUAACAACAACGCGACUUGUAAUCAACAACUAUCUCCUCCUCAGGAGACCAUGAUGGCAACGCCAAGCGUAUCCAAAAAGAAGCGUUCUCCAGGGAUCAGAAGCAUUGGCAGAUUCUUUCGCUCUUUUGGCAAGCAUCAACAUGUUGAUAAUACCCCUACUCGUCACCACAUCCAAAUGUCAUCUGAAACACCGGAACUGCAGCCGGCGGAGCGCCCUGCAUCACCGACCAUUAGUGCAACACGCAACAAUAACAACGAUACCAGCAACAACAAUGAUACCGAUCAUGAUGAAACCUCUAGCACGGAUGAUGACGAUGCAUCUAAAACAGUAGUGGUGGUACAAAAAUAUUCAACCUUGAAUGACAUGCACCAACAACCACCAUCAACAACAAACAAACGCCCACAUUUGCGUCGUUCGGUGUCUUUGGAUGAACGAUCCACCAUCAACAACAGCGACAUUUCGUUUCCAGAUGAUCCUCAACAACCAGCCGAUGAUAGUCAAAUUGCUGUUGACAGGUUAUCCAAACGUUUUAGCGGAGGACAUUAUGGAUCAGCUGGUGGAUUAAUUGCUAGUACAUUAAAUCAACAAGACUAUCAUGACGAUGAAGAUGAAGGCGACGAGGAGGAGGAUGAUGAAGAAGAAGAAGGAGAAGAUGCCGAGACGAUUGAAUCAGAAUCAGUCGCUUUGGCUACACCACCCUCUCAUAGCCUUGCUGAUUAUCCUUCAUCGAAAAAUGACAAAGUGCAAGUGAACGAUGACGAUGAUGAUGAUCCUACUACUACUACAACCACUACGACUACGACUACGACUACGGAAGAUAACAACAACAACAAUAACAGCGCCAAUACACCAGAGGAAUACGAUCGGAUAGCAUCCGAGACUGCUAGACGUAUUUGGGAACAAGAUACCACGGUCUAUGAGGAUUGGGAACACGUGGCUGAAUGGAUCGGCAAUGGCAAGCCCUUUAGCACACGUAUCCUCAAGCACUAUUUUACUUUUUUCGAUUUCACCAAUAUGCGAGUGGAUGAUGCAUUCAGAUUGUUGUGCAGCCGGCUUCAUCUCAAAGCCGAGACCCAGCAAAUUGAUCGUGUAUUGGAAGAAUUUGCUCAACGUUUCUGGGAUUGCAAUCCAUUUAGUAUCUAUGGCAAUCCAGAUGUUGUUCAUGCGAUCGUUUACUCGCUGUUGCUACUCAACACGGAUUUGCACGUGGCACAGGGUGAUCAUAAGAAAAUGUCACGAUCGGCCUUUGUGCGAAACACCAUGAAUGCUGUCAGUGUGCAAUGUCACCAACAACUCGGUGAUGCUAUUUCGAUUCAAGAGGAACAUCGUGCCAGCAAUGUCACUUUACAAUCCAUUGAGUCACAUGAUCUUAAGCGUUCUCCCAGCUGCAAAAGUGCAUCUAGCAGCAACAAUGGCAGCAUUAGCCGUGGUGGUGGUGGUGGAUCUUAUUCAUUUGAUGUGCCUUCCAUGACACCCAUGACACUCACCUUUGGCAGCAAAUCAUGGCAAGCUGAAAUUGAAGUUUCGUUAAGGGAAAUGUAUUCGUCCAUCAAAAGUGGCCAGAUUCUAGACCCCUCCCUCUCAAAGCAGCAAGAAACCCAUCCACAUGCAAGUAUUCGACAUACACGUCGUCGCAGCAUACAAAUGUCGGGUUCACGUGUGGGUGCAUUCAAACGUAGCGUGGGCACCAUCAUGCUCAAAGCUGGGCGUGAAAGUAUGGUGCUUGCAGAAGAGCCUGACGCCGAUUCUACACGAUCUCGAUCUGCUACUUCCUUUGCACGCCAACGUCGACGAUCAGCAUCCGUGAAAUCCUCUGUAUCCCAAGGUUCUCACUUGACCAAUUCAGCUACUACCUAUCAACCGGUUGCACCCUUGCUUCAUCAUUCGGAGUUGCCUUCAUCUUAUACAUGUGCAGCACCCUAUUACAAAGAAGGCAUGAUUGUACGCAAGCAUUUACUUGAACGUGCUGGCCAAAAAGCAAGACAUCGUGAUUGGAGAGAAUGCUUUUUGGUAGUGGAUCGUGCUGAGAUUCGUACCUAUCGCAUUGAUAGCAGUGCUGCUACUGGUACUACUGCCAUGCAUGGAGGUGGAGGUGGUAGUAUGACCCAAGACCAACAACAACAGCUGCCACGUAAAAGCAUGGCACCUUAUCGUAUGAGCAUGAUCAUUCCUCGCAACCAGUCCCCAUCAGCUGAUGUAUUAGCAAAUCAAGCAGUAGGUGGAGGUGAUUGGCUGGCUAAUGCUGAGCCGAUUGAUAUUAUUGAUCUCAAGCACACACUUGCCAAUGCAUUACCAUCAGGCUACAGCAAACAACGCCCACAUGCUUUGGCCCUUCAACAACCCAAUGGUGGUGUCUACAUUUUUCAAGCAGGAUCAGCUGAGCAAGUCAUGGAAUGGGUAUCCACAUGCAACUAUUGGGCAGCUCGUGAAAGUAAAGAGCCAUUGACAGGUGGUGUUAGCAGUAUGGAAUAUGGCUGGGGACCUUGUCUUGAUGUUGUGGAUGAUGAAACAUCAACGACACCUUAUCCACCCGUGACCAUGGUCCAUGAAUGGAUGCCAGCCGUACCACCCACAGUCAGCAGCAACCUUGAGGAAAAGGCACAGCUAGAAACAUUACGUCGUCACGUCCAACAACUCAAUCAGGAUCUUGACAAGCACCGUGAUAUCAAACCAAAGAUGCAACAACGGUUUGCAUCAUGCAUGCGUAGCCAAGCAGCAACACGAGCCAUGGCCAAUUGGGAAAACAAGUCGCAAUACCUCCUUCACGAAACCAUCAAAUACCAGAAUUACUGCGAUGCCAUUGAACGAUCGCUUGCCUUGCAGGACGAGGCACUACAACAGCCCCAGCAGGAAAAAGAUGAUGACAGCUAG